AUGCCGAUGCCACAUCUGCAAGGGGGUCGGCCACUGCCGCUUAGUCCCAUGCCUGGUCUCGACAACGCGCCUGGCUCCCAGAUGUUCCAAAAUGCGACGGGAUUUGAUAUUCAAGGAGGGCAGUUUAUCAGUGCUCAAGGAGGCGUCCAUUUCCACCAGCCAGUAUCAACACAAAUGCCUCUCCCGAUGCCAAGCGAAACAUUUUCCGAAAACGAAGUCUAUUGCAGCCUACUAUGCCAACGACAACGAGGCUUUCCUCUCUACGUUCCUGAACCGCAAGAAAACCUCCCCUCAGAGUACCUUGAACGAGGAGUGUCUAUUGGAGAUGUCGGAAUGAUAACUCCCGAGGGAAUUUGGGACUUCUUCUUCAAUAUUUUCCUCCCUGCAAAUGGGCCCAUUAAUCGAGGGCGUGUGCCACCAAAUUAUUCUCCGCUCGAACCCUACGAUGAAUCGGAUGCGCACAAUUUACGAUACGAACCUGGGAGUUUUCUUUCGACCUCGACUGCUCGGUGCUACAACGCUAAUUUUGAAGAAUUUCCUGGGGGAGACUACCACUUUCAGUGCACAUCCCCCAAAGGUGCAAUCCUCUGUUUACCAUUUGGUUCGCGUCUCCACAAACUUUCGACCGGAAAAGAUCAUGUCCGCAACUAUGCAGUCCAGAACGCUAAAUCCUGGUAUCACUAUAUCAAUGGGACACUCGGGAAGGGCAUGAUGAACGGCGAACUCUACGUCAUCACCGGGACCGAGAAAGCAUCGGCUGGAGGCAUAGCGACUUUCCAAAAUGUUGCUGAACGCGACAAUUUCGAUCUCACAUUCAGGGCUUUCUCCGACACCCACACCCAUCUUCGUUAUCGAUUUAAUCGAGGAACGGUUGCUCAGACCAAGUCCUUUCCUUCGCCACGCCCCGAUGAUGGUGGUGCGGAGCUCAACAACAACACCAUUUUCCUUCACGGGUUCAUCAUUUCCCUCGGACUGGGUAUAUGGGGCACAUUAUUCAACACUGUGGGUGUUUAUUCGAUCGAAGACGCGUCGCCUCAGCGGCUUGCGGGUGGUUCAGUUCCAUUCGGCUCUCAAAGCUCAAACUUUUCGCUUUUCGGCUUUAUGAGCAGUGGCACGGGAAAUACGCGCAAUAUAGGAAAGCGAUAUAUCGGUCCGCAGGGCGAAGGGGUGGGGGUAUCCGAAUUAGUUGAUUCUAUCCGAAGCGUGCAUCCUGGGCGGAUUAUCAAUGAUUACAUACUUUCCAAAAUCGAAGACGACCAAGCAAUCGUCGUCACUCAUGAUGAGGACUGGGAAACCCUCCUCCUCGAUCCUGGUGUUAACCUUUAUAAUAUCCUUGAAUCCACCGACCGCAUUAAGAUAACCACCGAAGACGGCAUUGCCUAUCCCAUCAUCACGUCUGCUUCGCCAGCACCGGAUCCGCCCCCUCCUCCUUACGCAGUUCUGCCUGGUGCCAGACGAAACAUAUGGUCAUCUGGUUAUCGCUCUGAUGACACCGCUUCAGGUACCAGUGCAUCUGCACCGGUUACUAUACCACAUUCUAUAACCCCUCUUUCGGUGUCCUUCGGCGAAACAAUAUCGUCGAGUCCAGAUGAUUCAGAGCCCGAAAUCGAUACCGAGCCAACUUGGCGGCAGUGGAUGGUUUCACGGUUACCUUUCGGCGGCUCGCAGAGUCAAUGGCAUCAUGACCAAGAUACAACCCAAGAGUUGGACGCCGAGCCGGUUGAUAUAUUUGACUCCCGUCCCAUGUCCGAGUCAUUCACCAGCACGCCUACAACAGUCGAAUCGACCAGACCGCAAGAAUAUAUUCAGACAUCUCACAGCACCAGCCUGAGCGCUCCCACCGAAACCUUGACGCAUAGUGCAUUCCCAGAUACAGCCACAGCUCUUCCUCGUUCUAUUACACAUCCCGGAUUCUUUCCUUCCUCGACAUCACUUCGGAAUGCAGCAGCGGUGGUGUCAACUACUACCCAUGCACGGGAAUUACUCAGCCCUUCAGGACUCCCAAUACAAGACUCGCGGACCGAUAAAAUCUCCAGCACAGCUUCCAAAACUCAAGCAUCGAACACGGCCAUUAAAUCCGACUCCUACCCCAGCAGAACAUUAACCGCAACUCCUCCUUUGAAAUCACACGCACCGCAAGAUCACCUCCAGAUUUCGACUUCCAGUGAAACUCCAAUGCGACCUUCUGUGGAUGAGAUAUAUGCUUCGUUGGACGAGUUCUUCCCGGAUUACGACUUAGACGCCCCACCGGACUCCGCCAAAGGGAAAACACUUUCUACUAGUAGUCCCUCGGCUGUCGGGGAUUCCAUAAGAAUGAUUGUAAAGUCGCGCAAAGUCUACACAACACCUCUAGCGCCUACCCAUCACCUACUCAGUUCAGCCGCCCGUAUUGAAUUGUCCUCCUCGCACCCACUCACGUGGCUUCGCGGUGAACUCAUUACUCGUGGAACUCACGGCAACGUUUACCUUUCACUGAAUGCAACCAAUGGCGAUGUCAUGGCCGUCAAACGAACAGCCUUUCCUUCCCCCAACACCAUCAAGUUAGUCGCAGCAGACCUGCAAACACUGAAACGUUUAAAGCAUCCAAAUAUCGCGCGUUACCUUGAAAUUGAAUCGACGCCGGCGUUUUGCAAUAUCUUCCUCGAGUAUGUUCCUGGCGGCUCUAUUGACAGCCACCUACAGGAGCAUGGCAAGUUCGCAGAUGAUGUCACUAAACAUUUCAUCUCGCAAAUCCUUUCUGGACUGGACUAUCUCCAUCGCAACGAGGGCAUUCAUGGGGACUUGAAGUCCAAAAAUGUCCUUGUUGACAUGUCUGGUGUCUGCAAAAUAGCUGGGUUCGGGUAUUCGGAAAUAUACUCGGAGCGGACCCAACAAACUUUGGCGCAAUCACGCAGCACGAUAUUCUGGACGGCCCCUGAAGUCUUGAAUCAGACGGACAAGCAUUACACUUUCAAAAUCGAUAUAUGGAGUCUAGGCUGCAUUGCACAGGAGAUGUGGACCGGUAGUCGACCUUGGGCGGGACACGAAACAGCGAAUGUGUUUUCCAAGCUCCUUCAAUCAACCAUUCCGCCGCUUCCGAAAGACACCAAGUUGACUGAAGACGCCGAUGACUUCCGACAGAAAUGUUUGGCAAUCAAACCGGAGUUUCGACUUGCUGCUUCAGAGCUGCUCGUGCAUCUGUAUUUGACGCCGACACCCGGCUGGGUUUUUGAUAUAUCGAAAUUGGGUGUUGACGCACUGUCUUAG